AUGGUCCGACUUCUCGCAUUAGCCGCCGCCGCUCUGGCUGGUCUGGCCAAUGGACUUCCAGUGAACGAAGAUGUGAACGUUCUUCAACCGCGAGACUUCUGUCUCUUGGAAACUCUCGUGGUGGGAAUUCUCAAGCUGGACUCCAAAGCAGAUGCAUUCUGCACAAGUGCUCUGGGGAUUCAGACCUCCACCAAGAUUGUCUCUGCCACUUCCACUCCGGCAGUGACAACUACGACUGCCACCGCGUACACGACAGGCACUGAGACAGUCACUGCCACUGAGACAGUCGUGGUUGUGGUCAGUGACUACUUUACCGCCACCGAGGUGGACUUCACCACAAUCCCCGUCACUGAGGUCAUCGAUGUGACCGAGACGGUGUCGACCGUCAUCACCGUUGACGUGACUGAUACUGCUACUAUCACCGACGUCUCCACUGCUACUGUCACUGAGAUUGUCCCAAGCACAGUCGUUUCGUUUGUUGCCUCAACGACGACAGAUAUAAUCUAUGAUCGCCGUCGCUCGGAAGAGCAAAAGCGCGGAUUGGCCAUCGUCACACCGUCUUGUCUCCAAAAGCAGAGCAAAGCCUUCAUCACCAAUGCUUGCAAUUGCUUGCAUCUCACUACUCCAACUGUCACUACCACGACUACUAUUGUGGCCGCUACUCCAACUGUUACUGUAACAACGACCCUCCCUGUAACCACCACUCAAACUGCCAGUGUCUCCGUCACAACUUCUGUGACCACCGACAUCACAAACACAGACACUGUUACCUCGACUGUUCCUUCAACUGUGCUAGCUACUUCAUACUUCACCACUGUUGACUCGAGCACCACUACCGACUAUGCCACGGUAGACGUCACCAUUGACCAAACAGUCACCCAGACAUUCACUUCCACCAGUGCUGUUAUUGUCGUUAGCACUACUCAGGCAGUCGUCACUGCGACCCAGCACUGCACCACACUGGCAAUCUCCAAAUUCAGUCUCGGCGACACCGACCAGACCACCGUUGCCCAGGCAAACCUAUACUCAGGCAGUAACAUUGUGGUUAACACUAAUGCUCUCUUUGGCCCCUUCACCAAUCCCUUCCCAUCGACCGACUCGUGGUUCACCACGACCCCCAGCCUGUCUCUGCUCUACACUUGCGAUAAUGAAUGGCGUGUCUUCAUUCGCUACAAGAAUGCCGGUACUUCCACCAUCGUCCCCGGUGCUCAGAGUCUGUCCGCGAAUACCUGGAGUGUCAGUUCUUUGACCCCAGUCGGCGGUGCCACUAUUCAAAUCUACGCGGUGGUUUGGGGCAUCGGUUUGAUUACUGAUACUGUUGUGAUCAACAGUCUGUAUAAUUGCCAGGGUAGCGGGACUCGAUUCUCAUGGAGCAAUGCCUUUAUGCAUUCCGAUACUUGGGUUGGCACGCAGAAGACCGGUGCAAUUUACUACACCGAUGCCAGUGGUACUAUGAAAGUACUGUAUGGCAGGGAGGGCAAUUAUGGACAAUUCUCUUAG